GUGGAAGUGUUUCCGGGAGACGGUACAGGUUUGUCAGAUAUCCCGUGCAUGGCAUGGUUGCCAGGAUAGUCGGCGAUUGGGACGGGAAAUCUUGUUAUACAUUAGCCUAUCAGCUUCCUACAAAAGUUAAACAGUAAAAAUCGGAACCAACUCGAUCUCCUCCAGUCGUCUCGACAGCUGUCCUCACUCUGCGGGAGCGGCUUUUCUCAUUUGUCAUUGCUCGGGUUAGCUAACUAACGUUCACGUCGCUCUGUGCGAAAAUGGCGGAUGUACAGGCGGAGAAGAGUCUGGAUGAUUUCUUUGCCAAGCGGGAUAAAAAGAAGAAGAAAGAGAAAGGUAAGGGGAAAGAGGUCCCCGCCGGGCCCACGUCGGCCGCGGUGAAAAAGACGAAGAAAGAGAAGGAGAAAUCUGCGAAAAACGAAAGCCAGGACGCUCAAGUGGACAAGUGGUGUUUUACUGCCCAGGAGGACGAGGAAUGGAAAGAGUUUGAGCAGAAGGAAGUGGACUACAGUGGGCUUCGACUCCAGGCCUUACAGAUUAGCGAUGAAAAAGACGAAGAGGAGUAUGAGAAGGAGGAGGUAGGAGAGGAUGGAGAGAUCAUUCUGGUCAGCGGAGACAAAGUAUCUGGUCCCUGGAACAAGUCUGGUGCUGCUCCACCUACUGCUGCUUCACCCGUGGAGGAAGAGGAGGUGCCUGAAGCGAAGCCUGCAGGAGUCUAUCGCCCCCCAGGAGCUCGACUUACCCCCAGCAAACGAGUCCAGAACCAGGGUCCUCCUGAGAUCUUCAGCGACACACAGUUCCCCUCCCUACUGUCCACUGCCAAACACGUUGAGACUCGCAAAGACAGAGAAAUGGAGAAGACCUUUGAGGUUGUGAAACACAAGAACCGCGGCAGAGAAGAAACCGGCAGCACUUCCGUGCAGCACUUGCAGCUCGACAACCAGUAUGCCAUCCUGGGGGACAAGUAGAGCUGCUUCCCCUCCGUCCCCUGCCCCCCCCCCCCCCUCCCCUCCCCCCCCCUCCCAGCACGGUCCCCCUCGAAGGACGCCGAACUCCAGCUGUGCUGGCUGCAGUCCUAAAACAGCUCUUUUUUGCCACCACCCUUACAGCACUCACUCCCACUGUCAUACACAACACCCCUGCAGGUACACUCCCUUCCGAUAAUUCACUCAACACGGUUUGGUUGGCAAAACUAAAGGAUUGCAUCAGAAGGGGCUGAUGAAAAAGGGGAAUAACUGAAGUGAACGAGCAGAAUUAAAUCCAAACGUACGACGCUGCAGCAACAACAGUGAUGUAGUUGCCCUUUGUGGAUUGUUAUCAAAGCAGCAGUUGUGUGGCAGAACUUCUCUCUGGACUUCAACUUGCUUUGACAAAGCCACAGAGGAUCAAAGAUGACUUUAGGCACAAUGAUCUUACAAACUUCUGUGAAAGUAUCUAUUUUUUUGCAAGAUCUUUACGACCCAAUCGCACGUGGUUAUAUUGAGGUGUGUUUCUGUGUUGCGUUUGGCCGCUUUGGGAGGCGGGAGGGAUGCUACCUCAGCGACACAGCUGGUGGUGACUACGUGGACUGAGCUUUUCUGUUUUGCUGCGAUGGUAAACAGAGGUGGGGGCUAACACCAACCUCCGCCUGCUUCUUCCACAUACAAGCUGGCCUAAAGGCUCUUUGAUUUAGAAACUUGAAGCUUUGUUUUUCAAUUCAUUCAUUGACAAUGACACUGCAAAGAUCUAUAAACGCGAAGCGAUAAGUUGCAUUUCUCAUUUAGAGUUUCUAUAUAAAGUGGCCUUAUUGAUGGUAGAAAGAAACUGUCAUCUGAUGGGUCGUCUGAUGGGCCGGUUUCUGCCUCUGGAUCGAACCACUUUUAUCAAACUAAAAGGGGAAAAUCAAAGCAGGAAUGUAGUGCUGUUGAAGUCUGCCUGAUGAUGAUAACAACUACUAACUCUUUCAUAUCCAGUGUUUGAACUUACUGCUCCUUAAUUGUUUUUCUUGCAACAUCUGAGAAAGAAGAAUUAAAGCUUGUUUCUAAUCCUGCAUCGUCCAGCUUUGAUAACAUGCUUUACUUUGGUCACAGUAUAACUUUACAGGCGUUGUUGUUGUUGUUGUUGUUGUUGUGCUUAUUUUUCCAAAUUGACUUCGCUAAGGCUUUUCAUAAGACGUCAUCCACGGCUCAGUCCUUUUUAAAAUCAUGUAGUUUGCGAAUAAACUAACAUCCUGUUUGGAUCUUGCCCUCAAACUGAGUAGUAUUCUUUCACAAAGCAGCGGUUAAAAUCCAAGGGGGUGCAAACUAAAUCCACAAUCAUUCUCCGGAAGAUUAUUAGUAUUUGGAAUUUGUGUACUUUGUCCUUUCCAGUGAAAGUGAAUCACUUUGAAUGGAGCUAGAUCAUAUCCAUGAUAGGAUGAAGCUGAUUUUAAUAUUAAUUUUGUUCUUUAGUCUGUUUACAGAAACGUUUAUUGUUCAUCUGUGAACCCCGAGGCUUGUAUGAACCCUUCUGUUCCUCACAAAAAACAUACUUGACUCCUCUGUGGUCUCAUAUUAUCAGAAUAGGUGUUCCUGUGUUUCCUUCCUGUGUUUGCGCAGAUGGUUAAUGAAUAAAAGUUCCAGCUCUUAUGAGAAAGAAGAAGAAAAUAAAAUCACAUGAUCUUAUACCAAGCAUAUUAACAAUUUAAAAAAAAUAAAGUUUUCUCUAAAAGCUGA